CUUUAACCUCUUUGAUAAUUAUGCUCAUUAUACUUGAAUAACCUUAACGUGUUAGUCUCUGAAUUUGUUUAAUUAAAUACAAACGAAAUGGCAAAGUUAUUAUUAUUGUUAAUCUUUGGAUUAAUCCCGUGUACUCUCACCAAAUGUAUUUUGAAGGAAGCGCGUUCAGAAUUUAGUCGAUCCAUUAAUCAGUUCUCAACUGAAAUAUUAACCAAAAUAGCUGCAGAACAAGAAAAUCACUUCGUUGUUUCCAUUCCAUCAAUAUGGAUAUUAUUAGCGUCAAUAUCACUGGGUGCUACAGGUGCGACAUUGGAAGAACUUAAUCAGGUUUUAAGGUGGAAAAAUAAAAAGUGUUUUAAUAAGAGAAGUCUAAAAAUAUCAACCACCGACGCAUCUGGCAAUAGCACCGGCGUCGUCAUAGAGAGAGCCUCGAACAUAUACGUAGACAGUAAGUUGACAAUUCAUAAAAAUUUUGAAAACAAAAUUCUAAAAUCAGGUCUGAGUAAAUUUGAAAAUAUAUCAUUCGAAAAUGUCGAUUCAGCCGCGCAAACUAUAAACGAUUUUGUGAGAAGAGCAACACAUGAAAAUAUAGAGCAAAUUGUGUCUCCAGGAGAUCUUGCCAAUGUUCUCAUGAUAAUGGUUGACGUCGUUUACUUCAAGGGUGCUUGGCAAAAUAAAUUUCCAAAGGAAAAUACACAAAUUAAUCCAUUUUAUAAUGAAAAUGGAGAAAAAAUUGGUGAAGUAAAUCUCAUGAGCUUGACCAGUACAUUAAAAAUGUUAUAUGUAAAAACUUUAAACGCUCAUGUCCUUGAACUGCCGUAUGGGAAUAAUAAUCAGUACUCCAUGUUACUCUUCCGGCCAUUCUACGGCGGAUCUCUACAAUAUGUUAUAGAAAACUUUAAGAAUACAAGUUUAUUUACAAUAGUUGAAAUGUUAAAAAGUACUACCGAGGAUGAGGUUAUAGUUCAGAUACCGAGAUUUGAGAUGGCGUCAGAUCUUCGUACCUUGAAAGCAUUGUUGAUUAGCAUGGGUUUGAAAUCGCCAUUUCACAGUUCAAAAGCUAAUUUCAAGUCAAUAACGCAUCAAGAUUUAUACGUAUCGGACAUAAUUCAGAAGGCCAAUAUAAAGGUAACUGAGGAAGGAACUGUUGCAAGUGCUGCGACUGAAAUGGAAAUCAGUUUCAGAUCAUCUCCAGGCGAGUUUAUUGCCAAUAAACCGUUUUUAUUUAUGAUAUUUGAUAAGAAGUUCAAGGUGCCAAUAUUUACCGGUGCCUAUUCGAAGCCAAGUCCAUUUGAGAUAAACUUGGGUCAUGUGUUUGAAGUAUCUGGAAACGAGGACGUGUUAAAUUCAAGGAAACCUCUAGAAAACAAUUUACAGAUUACAAUUGGCCCUUACUCAAUAAGUCAUAAGUGCACUGUGGAGAAAGCAGGGCCGUCUUUCAAGAGAGCAGUUUACGAAUUCUCUACCAAUUUAUUAACUAGAGUCGCUGUAGAAAAAGAAAACCACUUCGUGGCAUCCACGUUUUCGGCGUGGACAUUAUUGAUGUCGGUAUCGUUAGGCGCAACUGAUUCAACCCUAGCGGAAUUAAAGCAGGUUUUAAAUUUGGAAAAUAAUAAAUGCUUCAACAAUAAAUACCUAGAAAUUGCAAAUAGCAUAAAUUCAGACAAUAAUACAGACGUCGUCUUGGAGAAAACUUCGAAAGUGUAUGUAGACAGUAAUUUACCAAUUCAGAAGCCGUUUAGGAGGAAAAUUUCACAAGCUGGAAGUACAUUUGAAACUUUAUCAUUCGAUGAUCCCGAUAGAGCGGCGCAGACUAUAAACGAUUAUGUCAGUCUUGUGACACACGAAUCCAUAGACGACAUAGUGUCCCCGGGAGACGUUAAUGAUGUUCUGAUGGUCAUGCUCGAUGCUAUAUACUUUAAGGGACCUUGGAAAUCCCCAUUUACUAAAGAAGAAACUGAACCGAGUCCGUUUUACAAUGAACGAGGAGUUGAAAUAGGUUCCGUAAACCUUAUGUUCUUGUCCAGUGCGCUUAAAAUGAGAAGAAUAGAGAAGAUCAAAGCUAGUGUCCUUGAACUGGAGUACGGUAACGAUGGUAGAUAUUCGAUGUAUCUCUUCCUGCCUUUCGAGAGCACAUCUCUAUAUUCAGUUAUAGAAAAUCUAAAGGUUAUAAGUAUAUCCACGAUAAACAAGUUAUUCAAAGAACUGAAACAGGAAACGGUGAUGGCACAAAUACCUAGAUUUAAGAUAACGUCGGAUCUAAGUAACUUGAAAGAACUUUUGAUUGAUAUGGGCGUGAAAUCAAUGUUUGACUAUUCUGCUCGUUUCUCGUUAAUAUCGCACUAUCCUUUAUAUGUCUCGACGUUCACACAGAAGGCUGACAUAGAAGUGACGGAAGAAGGAACGGUAGCAAGUUCUGCGACUGAAGCUGGAUACAGCUUCCGAACACUACCUGAUGAGUUUGUCGCGAACAGACCUUUCAUGUUUAUGAUAGUAGACAAGAAAUAUGAUAUACCAUUAUUUACUGGUGCAUAUUCGAAGCCAAGCCUAUUUUAGGCUUUAAUAAAUAUUUUUUUCUAUUUGUU